GGGAUGCCGGCGGAAUGUUUGAGGCGGGCACUUCGAGGCGAUCCAGGUGUUGGGACAACGUCCACGCUCGGCUAGCUGUUAUCACUACUAUUUAAUAACACAUCAGCAUUACCUGGCGCUCGGCCACUUUUGACCCCCAGGCCUCAGAUCUGCCUGCACUCGACACUGUUUUUCCUGCGGGCUCAGCGCUGUAGCGUGAAGAGUGGACGGAAGUUGAAUCGCAGUGCUUUUCCCCCCAGAAGUUCGCCUUUACAAUGAAGACAGGGCUUAUCCUACUGCUGCUUGCAGCUUGUGUUUUCGCACAGGACGACCAAAAUGCUGUCGAGGAAUUGCUUGUGGAGACCUUGGUGAAGCCCGAAACUUGCUCUGUACUUUCCGAGAUGGGAGACACGCUGCAAAUCCACUACACGGGCAAACUGAUGGACGGAAAGGUGAUCGACUCAUCGCUGUCCCGGGACCCUCUUGUUGUUGAGCUGGGAAAGAGGACAGUUAUUUCUGGUCUGGAGCAAAGCUUGGUUGGUGUUUGUGAAGGGCAAAAAGUCAAGGCCACUAUCCCAUCACACCUUGCAUAUGGGAAAAAAGGAUACCCUCCUACGAUUCCAGGUGAUGCUGCCCUUGAGUUUGAGGUGGAGGUAAUGUCCCUGAUAAAGCAGACGCCUUGGCAGAAGAUGGUCAACGACGUGUUCCCCCUUGUGUGUCUGGGCCUGGUGCCUAGUCUGCUGGGCUUGGUGGGACUUUACCUCUACAAGAAGGCCAACACCCAGAAGCCCAGCAAGAAGGCGAAGGAUAAGAAGAGCAAGAAGAAAUAAUCACGAAG